AUGCCCUCUGAUUUUCCAACGUUUACUAUCAACCAAACACAACUCAGUUACCCUGAUUGUCUCAAAAUUGAAUAUGAUUCUCCUUUUUACGUGUGCUCUUGCGAUGGCAUCCUUUGUUUCACAAUGUAUAGCGGUCCUGGUGUGGGUCCACCUGUUUUGUGGAAUCCUUCCAUUAGAACAUUCAAAAUAUUACCUCCCUUGGAUAACAAACCUUUCUCCGCGUAUAACUUCGGGUAUGAUCAUUGCAGUGAUAAGUAUAAGAUUGUUGCAGUUUCUCUUGUGGAGGAUAGAGAGGAAGUAAGUGUUCAUACUUUGGGUACAGAUACUUGGAGAAGGAUACCAGACUUCCCAUAUAAUGGCCCGUUUGAUCGAUUUGGAAUAUUUUUGAGUGGCACUGUUAAUUGGAUGUCGUUCGACAAUGUGAGUUCUUCCUGUGUCAUUGUUUCUCUUGAUUUGGAGAAGGAGUUGUAUCAAACGCUUUCGCUGCCAGAUUUUGAGAAGGAUCGUUUGAUAAGAACUUUGUGGGUUUUGAGGGAUUGCUUGUGCAUCUUUGUAAGAAAUGAUAUGUUUUUGGAUGUUUGGGUUAUGAAGCAAUAUGGAAAUAAAAAGUCUUGGACUAGAUUGUACCGUGUUCCUCACAUGGACAAUCGGGGUUUGUUGUGUAACUAUACAAGGGUUUUAUAUAUUUCUGAGGAUGAAAUAUUGUUGAUGGACUUUGGAAAGUUGGAAUGUUACCAAUCGAAGUUGGUUGUUUACGAUUCCAAAGAUGGUACUUUGGAGAUUCCUACGAUUCAAAACAUUGGUGGUUGGAUCCACCCAGAAGUCUACAUUGAAAGUCUGAUAUCACCUUGUUCUUAA